GGAACGCCGCUCGGGGGCCGGGCCGCUGCCGGGGCUGUGCGGCGGAACCUCCCUCCCUUCCCCUCCCUCGCUCCCACAGAGCGGCGGGGCGAGCCCUUUCCGUCCGCCGCCGGGAGAGCGGCAGCGCCGCUCGCGGUGAGUCCGGCCGCGCACAUUCACUCGCUGCAGGCUAUCCCGGCCCGCAGGCUGCCGGUCCCCGUCCCGCGCUCUUACUUGGGCCCUGAGGGCCUGGGCGAUGAGCUGCGCCCCGCUGACCGCCUCGUCCUCCAUGGCUGCCCCGGUCGCGCCGCCCGCCUGGAACGGGCCGAACCGGGCCGGGACAGGGGCGAAGGGCGCGCGCUGUGACUGACAGGCGGCUCGGCCAAUCGGACAGCGGAGAGGGCGGGCUCAAGGGACCCACCCCUGACCCCGCUGGCGGGCGGCGCGGGGCGGAGACCGGGGUAGCUUCCUAUUGGCCAGCGCGGGCAGCUAAUCGGAGGCCGCGAGGCGCCGGCCCUGAAGCGUUUAUGGCAUUGACCAUGGUGGCUCUGUGCUGGAAGCUGUCCAUCUGCUUUCUCUUCUAUCAAGUGGUCUCAGGAAGAGCAAGGAGGGAGGGGCACUACGUGGCGGCCGUGUACGAGCACGAGUCCAUCCUGAGCCCGGCCCCGGCGGUGCUGGUGGAGCGCCGCGCCGCGCUGGAGCUCAUGGGCAGGAACCUCGACAUCUAUGAGCAGCAAGUGCAGGCUGCUGCCAGGCAGGGGGCACAGAUCAUUGUUUUUCCUGAAGAUGGAAUCCAUGGCUUCAACUUCACCAGAAGCUCCAUUUACCCUUACUUGGAUUUCAUUCCACAUUCACACUCUGGGAAGUGGAAUCCCUGCAGAGAGCCCUAUUUGUACAAUGACACAGAGGUCGUUCAGCGCCUGAGCUGCAUGGCCCUGCAGAACAAGAUAUUCCUGGUGGCCAACCUGGGCAGCAAGCAGCCGUGCGAGCGCUGGGAGCCGCAGUGCCCGCCAGACGGGCGCUUCCAGUUCAACACCAACGUGGCGCUGGGCGCGGACGGCGCGCUGCUGGCCACCUACCGCAAACACAACCUGUACUUCGAGAGCGCCUUCGACACCCCUGCACAGCCAGACCAUGCAUUCUUUGACACCCCUUUUGCUGGCAGGUUUGGCAUGUUCACUUGCUUCGAUAUACUCUUCUAUGAGCCUGCAGUGAGCCUCAUCAGACAAUACAAUUUGAAGCAAAUUGUUUAUCCAACUGCCUGGAUGAACCAGCUCCCGCUUUUGUCUGCUGUAGAGUUUCAACAAGCUUUUUCAACAGCUUUCAAUGUCAAUAUUUUAGCAGCCAACAUCCACCACCCUACCUUGGGCAUGACAGGGAGUGGCAUAUACACGCCAGUCAAAUCAUUCAUCUAUCACAACAUGGAAAGUUAUGGUGGCAAGCUCAUAGUAGCAGAAAUUCCUGUGAUUACUGCAGAUUAUAAAACCAAUUUAGAGAGUAAUGAAAGAUUUAGAGAGAACUUACAUGACUCAUGCAGGACUUCUACGAGCACCUCACUGGAUGAUGAAGUUUGCUUUAAGGAGCAAGAAGAGACUCCUGGCAGAAUAUCUGAAAAAAGAAAAGGAAAGGAACAGUCACCUCCUUCCUUUUAUGCAGAAAUGAUGUAUGACAACUUCACUUUUGUUCCGUUAUGGGGGGAAAAAGGAGAGCUCCAGGUUUGUGCCAAUAGCCUUUGUUGUUACUUAAACUAUCAGAAAGCUCUUCUAACUGAUGAAUUAUAUGCUUUGGGAGUUUUUGAUGGGCUCCACACAGUGCAUGGCACAUACUAUGUCCAGGCCUGUGCCUUGGUGAAGUGUGGUGGUCUCAGCUUUAGCACUUGUGGACAGGAGGUCACGGAUGCCACUGCUCUGAUAGAUUUCCAGCUAUGGGGAAAUAUGAGCACCCCUUACAUCUUUCCUUUGCUGCUGACAUCUGGUAUUACUUUGGACUUUGCCGAUCACAUGGGCUGGAAAAACAACCACUAUUUCCUCAGCAAAAAUAGAACAUCUGCUGGCCUCCUGACAGCUGCUCUCUAUGGACGAUGGUAUGAAAAGGACUAGCACAGAUACUUGACUGAGUCAGAAAACAACUGCCCAUAUGAUCAGAAUAUAUAUCUUAACAGAAGUUGUUAAAUAUCCAUAUUUGCUAGAGGUUCAAGUGUGUUUGUCCCAUCACUGCCUGAUUAGGUCCCACAUUUGAAAUAAUGGCUCUAAGUACAGUCUGUACCCUGGUAGCUUAUGUCCUACCAGGAGUGAAAGAACUGCCUUGCAAAGGUAAAGGCUUGCUGUGAUCUGGUGAGAUGAUUGAUACCAGAAAAUAACACUUCUCAUUUCAACUGAAUUUGUUCCUUUUAAUUUAAUCCUUUGGGUUUUGGUGGUCCUGCUGGGAGUAUGGAAAUUAUUAGAAUGGAAAACUACUGCAAGAAAAAGAAAAAAAAAACAAACAAAAGAAAGGGAAGGAAGACACAAAUAUUGUGCAUAACAUGGACAAGAUCAUGUAGGUGUACAUACAGAUGGCUUUUAUGUGCUGAGGUUCUGAUCUCUGGUUAGGGUGCCAUGAUUGGUUUUUUUCUUAAGAGUCAAAAACUUCCAGCUGAAGUCAUUACCAUGGACUGGCCACCCAGGUAUCUGAAAUCCUGUUACACAUUUAACUGAAUGUUACAGUUAUAACAUCUACAGAAUAGCUAAUCUGGGGAACAGGAUAUCAGUGACUGUGAAAACCUAGAUGCAGCAAGACACAAUUCACAAUAAAUUAUGUUCAAAGAAAACAUCAGCAUUGAAUAUCAGUGGCCAUGUUAUGUACUGUUUGAGUACUUUAACUUCCCUGUUCAAAAGAAUAGUCAUUUUAAGACUGUUUUGACUUUAAGACAUCUUACACGCUGUUCAUGAAUUUAUACAAGGGCAGUUAUGAAAAGCACAUAAUAAGCUGUGGGACAGCAAGGAUUUUGCAUCAAUGUUUCAUGUGCCAGAUUGCAGGUUUGUGCUGCUAAGUAAAACACACCAUUUUUUUCCAGAGCAAUAACUAGAUUAAGUGCUAUAGCUGUUCUACUGCAGUGAAGAAGCUGGGAAGGGAAUAUUCAAAGGAUAUUAAUUUGGGGUUACAUUCAGACAAGUUAAUGUAUUCUCAAGCAUUUUAAUUUUAU